AUGUCAACUACUCGUUACCGAACCCAGUCUCGUGCACGUCAAGCGCCUAAUGACCAAUCGACCCUGAACGCGAAGGCAGCCGCACUGCCUCGCACUAAUAGUGAGUCCUCUCUAUCUACCAUCUCUGCCCCUCCGGGGGAAGCAAUGCCACGGGUGUCUUCCCCUGCGUAUUCUGUUGACACCCCCAUCCGCUUGUAUAGCGAUGUGGUGUUGACGUGUAUUCCCUCGAUGCCUGGCGCACUUGAGGCGACCCUGAUCGGGGCAUUGAAACCUUCAGGUCCGAAGCCCAGAAAGUUGGCUUUGGCAAGGGCAGACACCGUAGAAACAUCUGUAAACUCAGAAGUCAGUAGAGAAGAAUAUAAGAGACCCAGGGUCACCUUUGAUCUGCACGAUGAGUCUGAUCUAACGUCCAGUGAGAAAUCCGCCGAGUCUGGUGACGAACAGCCUAGUAAAUGGACAAACAUUCAAGGGAAGCGUGGGAAAAGGGUCCUGUCACACGAAGCCUCUGAAGAGAGGCAAGCUCCCUCUGAGUUGAGCCAGGAACAAGAAAACCUGGUAAAGUUAGCGGAGAAUGAGCUAACUGAAAAUGAUCAUAAGAAAAUUGAGGCCAGGCAGCGCACCUUGAACCUCAACAGAGAAAGUACUGAGUCCAGAGGGGAGGGUACCUCCCGGGACAAGGGAAAAGCUCCUGACCCCCGAAACUGGGGUGAUGUCGAGCUAGAAGACGGAGAAGUGGACCUUGAUGCCCAAAGGGUGGCACUAGAGACCUUCCGUCUGGCCCGAGAGUAUGAGGAAGCCGAGUGUGAGGAGCAACAAGAGGUUCUCCGAUCCCUCGACGAAUCUCGGGAAGAUGAUAGCUUGAUCUUGGCUCCCCGGGAUAAGGGGGAGUAUGUGCCCCAUGCUAGAGCCGAAUCUGCUGUAAAAGCUAUUAAGGAAAAAGUAUCUAAACAGUAUGAAGCCCGCAUCCAAGAGUUGGAAGCGAGGCUUGCCUUAAACGAGGGUAGCGGUGGGAGAAAAGGUCGAAAGAAACCAUCCAACCCCAUAGAUGGUAUGGUGAACCAGGUGCUAGAAAGGGUGUCCAGCCCCCCACUGGCUAGAUCCACGCCACAGGCGAUGGAACCCAUCCAGGAGGUGGCACCUCGGAGCUAUAUUGGACAGGCCCUCGGUAGGCUGAAAAACUCAAAGAAGAGUAAGAGUAAGAAAACAAAGAGAAAGAAGAAACACACCUCGCAUGACCCGAGUGACAGCGAGGACUCUAGUGACUCGAGCUCAUCCGAAUCCUCCUCUGAAUCCUCUGAGUCCAGUGAGUCAUCAUCGGACGACUCCAGUACAAAGUCCUCGCGGAAACGCACUAAGAAGAAAUGUAGUCAUAAGAAUAAGAAAAACACUUUAAAACCCAUCCCACCUGUGAACUACAAUGGCUCUCUGGACUCCCGAGCGUUCCAUCAAUUCUUGAUGGAAGGGACCACAUAUGUCAAAGACGGGCAAGUGGAGAGGAAAAGGAGAGUGUUCAUCCUAGCUCAUUACCUGAAAGGGCGAGUGCGUGAGUUCUACACGCGAGAGGUGUCGGGAGACCCAUACCGUUGGAGGCUCAGGAGAUUCUUUACCGAAUUAUUCAACCACUGUUUCCCUAUCGACUUUAGAAUGAAGCAAAGGGAAAAACUCAACCGGAGUUAUCAGAAUGAGAAGACCGUUAGGGAAUAUAUCUAUGAACUAAGUGAGCUAUGGAAUAUGAUAGGAGAUGUAGCAGAAAGGCAGCAAGUGACUCACCUUUGGACCGGUCCCAACCCUAGUAUCCAAAUGGAACUCUGGAAAAAGGAACUUAAUCCGGAGUCCUCCUCUUUUCGUGAAGUCCAGAGUGUGGCUGAGAUCAUAGAGAUUGCGCAUUCAGUACCCACUCGAUCAAGGGAGUGA